AGCCAAGGAAACACACAUCUGUCCGUCUCAUCAGAUCUGUCGGUCCGGGGGGUCAAAACCAGAUCGGGGCACCACUCAACGAUCAGAGCACGAUGGCGGCAGCGAGGCAAUUACGCUUGCUCCAAUCACAGCCAGAGAACAAGGUAUGCGUCGACUGUUCCCAGAAGAAUCCUCAAUGGGCGUCGGUCUCCUACGGCAUCUUCAUGUGCCUUGAAUGCUCAGGCAAGCACCGAGGCCUAGGCGUCCACAUCUCCUUCGUCAGAUCCGUGACGAUGGACUCGUGGUCCGAGAUCCAGAUCAAGAAAAUGGACGCGGGGGGUAACGAGAAGCUCAACAGGUUCCUCGCUCUCUACGGGAUCUCCAAGGAGACGGACAUCGUCGCAAAGUACAACUCGAACGCCGCGUCGGUGUAUAGGGAUCGGAUCCAGGCGUUGGCUGAAGGGAGGCAGUGGAGGGAUCCGCCGGUUGUUAAGGAGUCUGUGGGUAUGAAGAAGCCUCCGUUGUCGUCGGGGAAGGGGAACGGAGGGAACAAUGGGGGGUGGGAUGAUUGGGAGGGUGAUGAUUCGUUUAGAUCGUCGAGCGAUAUGAGGAGGAACCAGUCGGCGGGUGAUUUUAGGUCGGGAGGUCGUGGUGGGGGGCCGGCGAAGUCGAAGUCGUCGGAGGAUAUUUACUCGAGGUCGCAGCUUGAGGCUUCUGCUGCGAAUAAGGAGAGUUUUUUCGCGAAGAGGAUGGCGGAGAAUGAGAGUAAGCCUGAGGGGCUUCCUCCUUCUCAAGGAGGGAAGUAUGUGGGGUUUGGAUCGAGUCCUGGUCCAGCUCCCAGAGGUAAUCAUCAGGGUGGUGGUGGUGGUGGUGGUGACGUUUUCUCUGUCAUGUCUGAGGGAUUCGGAAGAUUGUCUCUUGUUGCCGCAUCGGCUGCCAAUGUUGUUCAGACAGGAACCAUGGAGUUCACUUCCAAGGUCAAAGAAGGUGGCUUAGAUCACACGGUGAGUGAGACAGUUAAUGUUGUUGCGAGUAAGACAACCGAGAUAGGACAGAGGACAUGGGGGAUCAUGAAAGGAGUAAUGGCAAUUGCUUCACAAAAAGUUGAAGAGUUCACCAAAGAAGAAGCAUCAACCUGGAACCAACAGAAUAAAAACGAGGGCAACGGUUACUAUCAGAACAAACCAGCAACGAAUUCAUCUUUUGGUGGGUCACAUUCAUCAUCCAGUUAUCAAAACAAUAAUCAUAACUCGAGUUCUUGGGAUGACUGGGGUGAGGAGAACAAUACCAAAAAGGAAACGGCACCAAAAGUGUCACAGAGUGGUCACCACAACAGUUAUGGUAACUCGAGUUCUUGGGAUGACUGGGGAGAAGAGAAGAACAGCACCAAAAAGGAAGCAGCACCAAAGGUGUCGACUUCUAAUGAUGAUGAUGAUGGUUGGGCUGGUUGGGAUGAUAAUGAUGGUAAAGAUGAUGAUGAUGGGUAUUAUCAGAGUGCUGCAGGAGAUAAGAAAUCUGUUGGUCACAAUGGGAAGUCAGACUCUGCUUGGACCGGUGGAGGUUUUCUCUAACGGUGUUUCAGGGUAAAUGGUGAAUGAAGUUGUACACUUAAGGACAAAGCAAAGCCUUGUGGUCUUCUUGCUCUGUCCCAAGAGAUAGAGCAGAGAGUGCGGUCUUCUCAACCAUUUUCACAUUAUCGAUUGCUUUGGGGUUACAUGAACUAAUGAUCGUGUCAUUAUUUGUUUCUUCUACAAUAUAGUUUCUUUAUAUCGUCAUUAUAUUUGUACAAGCAUUAUAGAGGGCUGCUUACUAUAACCUAUGCAGGUUGGUCUUCAGCUCUUUUUUUUUUUUUGAUAUUCGAACCUUUUUUUUUUUUUGAAAAUCUGUAAUGACCACAAAAACAUUUCCCCCCUUUCUAUUAUUCUUUCUCA